AUGGAGGUGGGUGGGUGUGGAGAGAGCUACAUCUUCGAGAUGUCUUUCCCCCCUCUGUCUUUUCCUUCAUGCUCAAGUUCCCAGCUGACGAUGAUUUCUUCUCUUCCCAGGAGCCUACCAAGAGGCGCAGCGUCUCCCCAUUUGGCAGCUGGAACUACUGCGAUGAUCGCUCCGCCGGCCGCCGUGUCGGCCCGUCCUCGCCCCCCGGAGCACUUCACCGCCGAGGAGGUCGACUCGCCGGCGGCGUAGGCCGGGUCUACCUUCAUCACACGCCGCACUACUCUUUCUAUGCACAGGACGCUGGGAACUACCGCUUCCACGACCAGCCUCCAGCGGCGGCGGCGGCGACCUUGACAUCCCAUGUUCGAAAGGUCUACUCCUCCUCUUCCCUCCACUCAUCGCCGUUCGGUCCUUCCGCAUGAUUUGAUCUCACGUCGGUGGACUUGCAGGCUCGGAGGGUGCCGGCGACCGGUGAGAGCAUGCACCAGCAGGCGGCGCCGCCGCCGGAGCUGCAGAAGAAGAAGAAGAACAAACGGAGGGACUCCGACAGCGACGCUGGAACCAAGCGCCCCCCCCGGCGCGCCAUUGACGAAGACCUCUACAAGGUUCCCCCCGAGCUACUCUACGAGAAACCCAGGAGGGUAAGCAGAAAAACCCUAUCCUCUCUCUCUCUCUCUUUCUCACUAACUUCCACUGGUUUUCUCCUGUCUUCAGAAGAACUCACCAAUAAGCGAGCUAUGGCGGAGCUGCCUCUGCCUCAACAGCACCUAG